CCUUCAACUAUGCAAUUGAUUAUUGUAAAAUAGCAGACUACUAUCUAAUAGACAUAUCCAUUGUUGUACCAGUAGACAGGACUUCCAAGGAAACAAGAGCCAUCGUAGUUACUCCAAUGAUAUACUCACCCGUGCCUUCCUACUAUCAAUUCAUCCCCAUAAUCAAUCAUCCAUCCAAACAUUUUUCCUCCAUACAUCCUCACUCACAUCUAUCCAUUCAUAGUCCAAUAUGGUUCCCGCAUCGUCACUCAGCCCAAUGGAUCGUCUCCGGAGAACCAAAUCCACUCGCUCCAUGCGAAGAAGAUCGCAGCCCCCAGAACCGUUCGACCCCGAACUCGCAAAACACCAGGCUACCGCCGCCGCUUCUCGAGCCAUGCGUCGCUCCACCGAGAGAUCUUCGACAGAAUCCAGACGCUCGUAUGAUCGUCUCGGAGGCCCUGGCAGUCUUGCUGUUCCGCAGAGACGGAGAAAUGCGAAUAAUAUCUCCUAUAACGAGGACGGCUCGGUUGUCAACACUUCAUCUCCCCGUCCGUCAAGCAUUGGCUAUGGCGACGACCACUCCUCCGCUGCUUUGCCACCCAUCAGCGAGUUUGGAGGACUCGACGGUCGAGAUUCUUCGUUGCCAUCGUCUUAUCGCCGGCUUCGAAAGGCUAAGUCGAUGUUCUCGACGAGACAGCGUACGCAUAUUGGUCCGGGUAUAUCUUCCGACUCAUAUGGCAGUCCGGCUCUUGAUAAAAGCGCUGUUGCGACACCACGUGCGUAUGGCACUUUGAGACGCUCCAUGUCCUUUCUUCGAGGAAAUCAACCUUCGAAAAGUGUUCGACGUGCUGAAAGCCAGGAGGCUAUUCAACUAGCACGUAGCCAGUUUCUCCGGAGUCCAAAAAGCCCUGGACAGGAAACGCCGUCUCCUCUCUACAAUUCCAAAACCAGAAGGCAGCAAAAGCCGCUUAGAAAGACAUUUCGUACCGCCAGCGAGACUGGGUUCGAUUUGUCAGGCAGUCCAUCCGUGGAAGAUCAGCCCCGGAGUGCAGGUCGCCAUGGGAAAGCUCGAUCGAUCUCAUCGUCCAUCAAGAAAGGAAUCAAGCGCGUUUUAGGGCUAUCGAGGUCCGUCCAAGAGCAGCCCGAAGCCCAAGAGAUGUCUCGGCCUGAUCACAGCUAUUCCUCGACCGAAUCUGGCACCGACGUUGAUUAUACGCCGGAUGGCAGCUAUGCUCGGAAUUUUGCAGAUUUCGCAGAUCCUAGUAGGACACACACGAUUCGAAAUGUUCGAAGUUCUGAAAGCCUUGCCACCUCGCACUCUCGUGUUACGAGCUGGGCUGAUUCAACGGCGGCAAAUACUAUUGCAGGCCGAAGAGCAGGCGAACGCAUCCCAUUAUCGAUCAUCCAAGAGCAUGGAAGCCAGGAUGAACAAGCCAUUGGCAAUUCUACUAGACAAGGCCCACUAAGACCAGAUGGAUCUGUUGAUAGUCAGCGCCUGUACUCCGCAUUGAUGAAGCACAUGCAAAAUCCAGAUGAAGAAGACUUCUCCAUUGGCCAUGUCAGAGAGCAUCAUCCGGUCCCAGAACGUGCAUCUUCGCUUUACUCUCACCGGACCCGCCAAUCAGUCCGUCAUAUUCCCAGUAAUGACUCUAUGGCCUCCCCCGGAUCUUUUGCAACCGCUAUCGGUGGCACAUUGUCGCCUCAGAAACAGUCGCAACGGCUAUCCAAGAACAUGUGCCAUAUACAAGAACCUAGGUACUUACAAGACCAAGGGAAUGGCAAGCCUGAAUAUUCCAUUCCACAUGGAUAUGCCACCAACUCGCCGUAUGCCAAAGACUCGGAUGACUCUGGUAGCGUGAUUGUUUCCAAAUCAGGAGAUGUUGCGCCAAACUCUCCGAGCAUAUAUUCACGAACGACAAGUGGCAACUCGCCGAUCAAGAAAGCGCAGACAGGGGUUCAAGACGCAUUCGAUUCGGAAGAGGAGCCUGGAGUGGUCACCAUAUUCGCAAGCCACAGAACCGCGUAUAGCUCUCCAAAAAGAAUAGCUCGUUCUUCCUCUACUCGGGUGCCUUCUCGGUCCGGUGCCGAAUGGCAGCAGUGGGUGAAUACUGAGAUGGCGAGAUUCGAGACACAGACUCCCCCAAGAGACCAUUACAGGGAGAGCGCCCAAAUUCACAACGAUGACAAUGGCCCUUUGUAUCUGCCCACGACUGAGGAGAUGUCGAAUACCAACAACACCUCUAUCGCGCCGUUGGAUACACCCUUGGGCUCCAAUCAGACCAAUGAGUUCUCAAACGGCAAAGCCCCAGUGCAGAACAACUUCUCCCGGCCAUUCAGUCGGUCUUCUAGUGUGCGUACCAUACAGCCACCACAGAAGGAAAAUAGAGGGAAUUCAAUUCCUUCGUCCGGACCAGUAUACCUGUCUGGUGGUGUCAGAAGACCUGAUUCUCAGAAUAUCUCCACGUCCAGCCCAGCUGACGACAGUUUUUCGUUAUCACCUAUGCAGUCGAGACCCAGCAAUAUAGUCCGGGCUCCCGAAUCUCCCACACCAAAGAGAGAAUUUGGAGAUACCCAGCAGAGAAAGAUGGCCGACGGACAGUACCGGCGUUAUUCAACCAGGCGUCGUCCUAUGUCAGAUGCAAGAGCUGCUCAAUUCCGAUCCAUGCGUGGCCGUCGAGAUAACAGAAGGCCGACGAACGAAACUAUGCGUGCUGGCGAAGAACAUAUGGAUCAGUACAACCGACUCCAGGGCAUUCACUCUACCAAUUCCAGUAAACGGAUGGUGGAGAUGUUUCUGGACAGUCGACGCCAGCAGGCAGGCAGCGAAAUGUCAGACGAGGUAUUCAUGUAACAGACAGCAGCGAUUCAUCGAUCGAUAUCUGUAUCAGUCAUUCAUUCUUUCGUCUUGUUUUGGGUUGGUGUUUUGUUAUAGUAUAUUAGGUACGUAAAUGCAGAAUAUCGAAUGUAUCCAUAAGUGAAUCCUCGCAUCUAGAUGCUUGAAGAGAAACGAAACAUGAGGGAAUAAAAAGAAAGAUGAAGAUAGAAAAGAAGGGAAAAAAAACAAAAAAACAAAAAGAAAUCUCUCCCUCGGGGAAUCGAACCCCGGUCUCCCGCGCUUAUCAG